AUGUCUGACACUGGAGCGCCUGUGGCAACUGCGACCGAUCCCGCUGCAGCCCGCAAGGAGCAGCAGGCAGCUGAUCUCGCGCGUGCUCAAGAUGCUGGAUGGAAUAAUCCUGUCCCUUUCCAGUACGAGACCGUCGUUGGUGGCACUCCCGCUGAGGACGAGACCCGCGACACUGCCGUCUGGCUGUCCGAUGCCGCCAUUUACCAGUGGGACGAUGAAUUCGGUGACGUGGGCGAGCCCAACCCAGAGUUGGAGAAAAUGCUGUUCGACGACCAGUAUCUCCAGCGCGCCGGCGGUGCCAUCAAGGCGCUCUCGUUCGACAUAACUCUCGAGGGACCCGCCAAGAUCAGCCCUGUCCGCAACUUCGAGGAUGCUGGUCUUCACCCUGUCAUGCUCGACAACGUCAAGUUGUGCCAGUACCGGGCUCCAACUCCGAUUCAGGCCUACUGCAUCCCCGCCAUCUUGUCCGGACAUGAUGUCGUUGCUGUUGCUCAGACAGGUUCCGGCAAGACUGCUGCCUUUCUCCUUCCGAUUCUGUCAAAGCUCAUGGGCAAGGCCCGUCAGCUAGCUGCUCCGCGUCCAAACCCAGUCCGGUACAACCCUUUGACUGACAAAGUCCGCGCUGAGCCGCUCGUCCUCAUUGUUUGUCCCACUCGCGAGCUCGCCUGCCAGAUCUUCGAUGAGGCGCGUCGACUGUGUUACCGCACUAUGUUGCGUCCUUGCGUCGUCUAUGGUGGUGCGCCUACCAAGAACCAGCGCGAGCAGCUCGAGAUGGGUUGUGACAUCCUCGUCGCCACUCCGGGUCGUCUCAUGGACUUCAUGCAGAAUGUCAACCUGCUGUCAUUCCGCCGUCUUAAAUUCACGGUCAUCGACGAGGCUGAUGAGCUGCUCUCGACUGGCUGGGAAGAGGCCAUGGAGAAGCUGUUCCAGGGUUCGGAUCAGAACUCGGAUGCUGACCACACUUACCUCAUGUUCUCUGCUACAUUCCCCAAGUCUGCUCGCCGAUUGGCGAAAGAGUAUAUGGAUGAAGAGUGUGUACGUAUCAAGGUCGGUAGGGUUGGCAGCACCCAUCAGAACAUCAAGCAGCAGAUCAUCUUCACUGAGGAGAGCGCCAAGAGCCAGGCGCUGUUCGACUUGAUCUUCAGUGAAGGACCCCAGCGCACUCUGGUCUUCACCAACUCGAAGGUCAAGUGCGACAUGGUGGAUGACUAUCUGUACAACAAGGGCUUGCCUGUCACCUCCAUUCACUCAGACCGUACUCAGCGCGAGCGCGAGGAUGCUCUUCGUUCCUUCCGUACCGGCCGCUGCCCUAUCCUGGUUGCUACCGGCGUCACUGCUCGUGGUCUUGAUGUUGCCAAUGUCAAGCAUGUCGUCAACUACGACCUUCCCUCUACCAUGCACGACGGUAUCACCGAGUACAUCCACCGCAUCGGCCGUACCGCGCGCAUCGGCAACGAGGGCAAGGCCACGUCUUUCUACAAUGACCGCAACGAAGACCUUGGUCCAGAUCUAUGCAAGAUUCUCUGCGAGUCGAAGCAAGAGAUUCCAGAGUUUCUUCAGGAGCACAUGCCCGACGACCCUACCACUAUCGAUUGGCAUGACGGUACUGAUGACGAGUCUGACGACGGUCUCGGUGGCGGCUUUGGCGGUGAUGCCGGUGGUUUCGACGUUGAUGCUGGCGGCUUUGGCGGCGGUGGCAAUGAUAGUGGCUUUGGUGGUGGUGGCUUCUCUGUUGAUGCCGACGACAAGGUGGCUGCUUGGUAG